CAUGUACCAGCUGAUUCUACAGAAACAGAAGGAGGAAGAAGAAAAUAAGUCGAAGAAAUCCCGGAAAUCCCGAAUCAGCUCUCGCCUGGUCAUUGACGUGAAGAAAUACGAGCCAGAAGAUUUCCGAAAGAUUGUCCAGUUCAUCCAUUGUGGAGCAGUUGACGUCACUGCCAAAAAUGUCACAGGUCUUUUGUGUGGAGCAAGCCAGUUUAAACUCAUGGACCUUAAAGUGGCAUGCUGGGAUUUCAUCACGCGGUGUUUCAAGUCUGAAAACGGAUCCAUAGCAGCGAUCCGGAAAGGUGCUCAUCAGUACAGCCAUCAUAAAACAGCUGGCAAGCUCUUAUCUAAGGUCAGUUGGAGGUCAAAUUACGAACUAUUGGAUCUUAUCCACUCAUGAUUAUUAUUAAUUUUUUUUUCAUUUACCUCUCUUCACGAUAAUUCCCUUUUUGAACUGAUUCUAUUUUGCAAACACUCGUAUUGUCGCCAUUUUGGACUGCGAUCAAAGUUUUUGGACUACUAUGUUUACUGU